AUUUACAAAAACAAAAAAAUUAAAGAAAAAGAGCAAUGCAUUACCUUGUGCUCGCUACUAGACCUAGGAUCUAGACUUCCCAAACAGAUCUCGCUUCUUUUCUCUUCAUCUUCUCUCUGAGCUUUCUCAAGAUUCAGACCAAUCAAUCGACACACACAACACAACAAUGUCGAUGCACGCCAAGACAGACUCGGAGGUGACCAGCCUCGCGCCGUCCUCCCCCACCAGGUCCCCUCGCCGUCCUGUCUACUACGUCCAGAGCCCGUCUCGAGACUCCUCUCACGACGGCGAGAAGACCACCAACUCCUUCCACUCCACCCCCAUCAUCAGCCCCAUGGGCUCCCCUGGCCGCCACUCCCGCGACUCCUCCUCCACCCGCUUCUCCGGCUCCCUCAAGCCCGGCGCCCCCGCCUCCUCUCGCAAAGUCAACGACGCUGGCUCCGCCGCCCGCCACCACCGCAAGGGGGGGGCCAAUAAGCAGUGGAAUAAAGGGUUUGAUGCGAUUGAAGAGGAGGGUCUUCUCGAUGAUGAUGGUGCCAAUAGGGGUAUUCCUCGUCGCUGCUAUUUCCUCGCUUUUGUUGUUGGGUUCUUCGUUCUCUUCUCUUUCUUUUCUCUGGUCUUGUGGGGUGCUAGUCGUAAUCAGAAACCCAUCAUCACAAUGAAGAGUAUUUCAUUUAACAAUUUUGUGAUCCAAGCUGGGAAUGAUUUCUCUGGAGUAGCCACAGAAAUGGCAACAACAAACUCCACGGUCAAGUUCAUCUUUCGCAACACCGGUACCUUUUUCGGUGUCCAUGUAAAAUCAACACCCGUAGAUCUCUCCUAUUCUCAGCUCACCUUAGCCACUGGAAAUAUCAACAAGUUCUACCAAUCAAGAAAGAGCCAGAGAAUGAUAACGGUGAUACUAGUGGGCAGUCGUGUACCAAUGUAUGGAGGGGGUGCAGAUUUGAGUAGCAAAGAUGGGACACCGACCAUGCCGGUGCCAUUGACACUGAACUUCAUUGUUCGAUCAAGAGCUUAUGUUCUAGGCAAAUUGGUCAAGCCCAAGUUCAACAAAGGUGUUCAGUGCUCUGUAGUGUUGGACCCUAAAAAGAUGAAUGUGGCAAUUCCUUUGAAGAAUUGCACUUACCAGUAAGUUGAAAAAAUUGUAUAAUUUAUUAAGACAGACUGCAGAUCAAGAAAGCCAGAUCAAAACAAAGAACCGACAAAGAAAUAAGAGUUGAUAAUUUGGCCAUACAUCAUUGGGGAUGAGGGAAAGAACAGAGCUGUUUCGUGUAAUGGUGUUAUAUGAUAUUAUUAUUAUUUUUUUUAAAAUCAAUUGUUUACUUGGGGAAAAAAGAAAAAAAAAAAGGGUGGAUACAGCUAUAUGGAGGAGCUGGGAAUUGUUGGGUAGAUUUGAUUUUGAGGGUUACGGGGCAGGAGUUGACUUAACUAGUUGUUGUUGCGCGAAAACAGGGGUUGGGUAUUUACCAGGGUGGUUUUACUUGUAAUUUUAUUUUAUUUACCGUUUUUUUGUAAUAAGAUUGUUUAUUUAUUCUUGAUCUGCCAUUUGAAUAUAUAAUGGAGUUGACU